GCGUUACCAAGAGUCACCAGGCGGAGACGUUCAUAAGACGCUCAAGACAUUCUGGUGACUGGACAUUCUGGUGACUGGACAUUCUGGUGACUGGACAUUUUGGUGACUGGACAUUCUGAGAUAUUCGAUAUAGAUUAAAUUUCAUUUCUUUUGAUUGUAUUAAUGAGAUCAAAGUAAGUUAUUGGAAAGUUAGUGUAUUCGUUUUAUUUUUGCUGCUUUCUUUCUCUAAUGUUGAUAAAGCCAAUUGUUAUGUGGAUCCACGUUGUUUAGUUAAUAAAACAUUUUUUUGUAAAGUUAUCAGAAACAACACAAUUAAUGUUAUUCACUGUAUUCAUGAUUUUUCCACAAAAAAAAAAAAAAAAAAAAAAAAAAAAAAAUCAUUUAUGAUCAAUUUCAAAUUUUUAUUCAAAGGAAAGUAUGGAGACAUGUUUUAUGAAAAGAUCAUUUUAAAAAUAAAUCAUUUCAAUUUUAAUUUUUUAAAAUCUUGCAAAUUAAUUUCUUUCUUCUUUCUUAGUCAUGAAUUCAUUACGGUUGUCUAUUGCCAUACUCAUAGCUACAACUACUUGCCUAAGUCUAAGCUCAGCAUAUGCAGAUGAAACAGAUUAUGAAUUACCAGGUAAUAUUUUAUGUGAAUGUGUUAAAUUUGACAAUGUGUAUAAUUACAAUCUUUUGGAGGACUCAUCUCAUUUAAAUUAAUCUGUUAAAAAUUUGAGUUGAGAAUCUGUCUUUCUGGGGCUUCAAAUUGAGACAAGGGAAAGACGAUUGAAAUGUAAAUAGAAUAUGCUGCAGUUGGUGACCCACCCCAGCAGUGUGUCUUGUGUGAAUGAAAUAGCGAAACGAGGUAUGUGGAAGCACUGUGCUCUUUAUGCGUUCUACGUCGAAGGAGUUGUCGAAGUUUUCAUCGUGUCAUUGUCAUACCGCCUACGGGGCUCCAUUUCGGGUUUGAUUAUAGAGUUUGCCUUCUCUUAGGUCAGCGGUUCUCAACCUGUGGGUCACGUCCAUUUUGGGGGUUGAAUGACCCUUUCCCAGGAGGCGCCUAAAACCGCCGAAAAACACAUAUACUUUACAGUUAUGAACUGGCAACGAACAUAAUUUGUUGGUUGUUGGUCGCCUGACAUGAGGGACUGUAUUAAAAGGUCACGGCAUAAGGAAGGUUGAGAACCACUGUGUUAGUUCAACGCGUCCCAUCCAACCGGGUUUUUUUGCGUUUGCUUGGGUUUGAACGAAAAAUAAUCUGCAGCUUUGCUUCUUAAUUUUAUGCAGGAAUUUGAGAACAUGUGUCAAAUGUUUUGAAAAAAAAAAUUGUGUUUAGUAGAUUGGGGACUCCAUUUUCAGUCGACAUAAAACAUAGCCUGCCAAAUUUCAAAUGGUAUGCAAGGAAGGUACAACGUGACAUUCAACUUAAAGACAAAGUUGGUCGUUACUCUUUACUUGGACUUCUAUACGAAAUAUCUCCCCAGAGCAAAAAUAUCUCUCGCUUUACAAUAAUGGCUUAUUCAUGUCAUUGCUAUUUUGAAGAAUAUAAAUUUAUGAGAAACUAUUUUCAAGGAUGAAGCCCGUGAGCAAUAAAACUAACGUACGCAAGUGAAACAAAAACGGCAGAAAACCAUCUGAUGAGCAGCUCAAGGAACGUCCAUAGAAACCGAGUUUCGAAGCAGUCAUGUCAACUCUAAAGUAAUGCCAAACAAACAUCUUACUACUGCUGCCGUCGUUCUUUAACUUUUACAAUAAAAGAAUUCGUGAAUUAAUUAAGCUGAAACGACUUUAAUAUGUUAACUAUGAAUUCUAAUUUAUUUUCUUUGUUUGUUAGUUGUUGUUUUUUUUUUUUGUUGUUGUUGUUUUUUUUUGUGUCGCUCAUCAGCCUGAUCUAUAUUUAGUGUUGUGUAUUCUAUAUGUGGCUCAAAACAACUCGUCUUCUUCCUAUGUGGCCCAGGUAUCUUAAUAGGUUGGAAACCCCCGUAUUAAAUGCUGACUGAAAACCAAACACCUGGACAUAAGUCAUCGAAUUGUUGACAAACAAAUGUAACACUAGUUUUAAUGGAGCGAACGUUGGAAGUCAAUAUUUAUUUACCCGUAAACAUCAGGGGUAUGUUUUAAGGGGUAUAGGGUUCGGGUAUGUGGUAAUCGGGUUGGGGUAAGGGGUUUGGGUUAAGGAGUAUAGGGAAGGGAUAUGGGGUAUUGGGUAAGAGGUAUGGGGUUCAGUGUAUGAGGUCAUGGGAAUGAGGUAAGGAGUAUGGGGUUUGGGGGGAGGGAGCUCGUGGGAGGGGACAGCUUUCAUUGACUAUUUUAUUUUUCGAAAAUAUUACAGAAAACAUUCAACAUAUUGAAUUUAUUACAUAUGAAUACUGUAGUCUUAAAAUAUAUGAUGGUAUUGUCUUGUCACGCGUCUGUCUUAUUGAAAAUGUCACAUGGGAAAUGGCGUCAGUGGGACGUCGAGCGUGAGCUCCUAAUGCCCCCCCCCCCUUCUUCCGGCAAACCCCCACAAGAGUCAACGCUGGGUUUCCCCGCCACUCUGGAUUCUUAGUGAAAAUGUCACAGGGGAAAUGGCGUCAGUGGGCCGGCGAGCGUGAGCUCCUACUGCCCCCCCCCCUUCUCCCGGCAACCCCCCACAAGAGUCAACGCUGGGUUUCCCCGCCACUCUGGACAUUGGGUGGCUUUGCUUCCCCUCUGGAGGAAUGGUGUUACGUUGCCACCCCCACCACCCACGUAGUCUUUCGGUCGGGACGGUACGCUGGGACGAAACGGUCGCCUAGGAGCGGUUUUCCCCCGGCCGCUUAGCUAAAAUCAUCGGCAUGGGUUGUAAACCGCCACCCAAGCCUCAUAUCCACCAACGGCAACACGUAAUCAUGUUACGACGUUACUGCUCCCGUUUCGUUGGGAGUCAUGCGGUCGGCCGGGGUUUUUAGCUUCGGGAGAACAGCACCUCCCUACUAGUCUGCCACGAAGAGGCAAAGCCAAUGUGGACGCCCCCGAGUUUCCCCGGGGACGCGUUCCUCACGAGCAGGAACCAGCGUCUGUCUUAUUAAAACUGUUGAUUCCUUCUUCUGCCCACCAGAUUACAAAGAUCAUCCCUGCAUACGGGCGUGUGAAGACGGUGCCCCGUCCAGACUGUGUAAAUACACCUGGGUUCUAGAGAACUAUUACAUCCUGUCAAAGGCGUGCCACGAAUGCCCGUUCAACCUCUCGCAUUGCUACUUGCGUCACUGUGUCCCCGGGGACGGCGUGUCACGGGGCAUCAAGACAGCUAAUAGGAUUAUGCCUGGACCACCAGUAGAGGUCAGACAUGGUUUUCUUUGUUGUAGAGACCGACCGAAAGUGAUUUUCUGUUUCGGCCGAAAACGAAACUGGGCCGAAAGUUAAAAAUGACUUUCGGCCAUAACCGAAAAUAGGCCGAAAGUUAAAAAAAUGACUUUCGGCCGAAACCGAUGCCGAAGCCGUAAAUGAAAUGUUUAAUAUUUUGAAAUUAGUUCACUCAUACAUUCUGCAUACAUCGAAAAUGAUGGGGGGAAAUUAUCAGUGGAACCUCUCAUAACGAGUUUAAUUCGUUCCAGACUCUUACUCGUUAAGCGAAACACUCGUUAAACGAAACAAUUUUCCCCAUACAAAUCAAUGUAAAAUACGAUAGUGACCAUGCUGAAAAAAUACAAAUUUUUCAAAAAAUUGUAUUAACAUUUAUUCAAAUAAAAUUACUUAUGAAUUGUUAAGGAGUGUAACAACUUGGAAUACAAUUUAGAUUUGAAACCAAAAACGUAAACAAAAAUAUGAAUUUAUGACAAAUAAUUCAUCCUUUUUAACUAGAAAACUUGGUCUUUACUAGGUCUUUCGAAACAAUUGGUCUAUAAUAGGUCAUUUAUAACACUUAGUCAGUACUAGGUCAUAUAUAUUACACUUGGCCUGUACUAGUUCAUAUAUACCUCUUGGUCUGUACUAAGUCUUAUAUAACACUAGGUUUGUACUAGGUCAUAUAUAACACUUGGUCUGUACUAGUUAAUGGUAAAUAAUUGGUUUGUACUAGGUCAUAUAUAACACUUCCGGCUACAACAAGAUGGCGGUAUAAUAAUACACAAAAGGAAGGAAUCUCAGUGUGAAGGCGCUUCAGUAAAGCAAGGGAGAUAGUUAAAAAUGAUUAUUAGAAAUUGGCUUCAGCGCAAGAAAAUUCGAACUUCUAAUUAAUUUUAAUUGUUUUGCGGUUUCAUUCAGGAUCAGAAUUUAUGCUGUUAUCAACGUAUUUCUCCUUCUAAAUACAACUACAAUAUAGAUCUACUGUUAGACUGAAUAGUAAGAAGCCAUCUUGUUCGGAAACAGCCGGAAGUCUCUGAACUCAGCUCUCACCUGUGGUUCCAAGAAGCUGUAACAUGCACAGCGACCAAAACUCAGGCAACGAUUCCAGGUUGAGGGUAGCCGAAAGGCAUAGAACUUUCGGGAAAAAGGGCUUGUGCCCCAUAGCAUGUAAAGACUGGAUCCGGCAAAUUGUGCGGAAGAACCUGUGAAUCGCUGAGAGCAUGGCCAGACACGUAGAACGCCAUGAUCAUUCACUAGAUGGGUGAAUGGAUGGCCGAAUGGUCUAAACUGAGCAAACCUCAAUUCCAGCCAAAGGCCGGUCAAGCAAAAACAUCAUCCCGGGUGGAUGAGACUCGUUAACCUUGGUCGGCAACUGAUCUACGAGAAGGAAACUCUGAAUUCCAACCCGGAGUUGGAGUCCCGUAGGGCGCAUACAAUGACAAUUCCUGCAACCGUACCCAUCCCUGGUCGUCUUGACGUAGAGUCCUGCCACUGGAUAUGGUGGGCCCGGACGAGUGAGUGAGGCAGACGCCGCGCAACUCUUCCUCACUUUAAGAAAAGUCACUAGCGCAAGUCAUCGGUCACCAGACGACUCGAUGGUCAUCGUCGAUCCUCGACGGACGAACAACAAAAAUAAACACUUGGUCUGCACUAGGUCAUGUAUAAAAAUUAGUCUCUUCCAGGCCAUGGCUGAUAAUUCAGCAAGGGCUGCGUUCCAGACGAGGGAAUGAAAUAGCAAGACCACGAUGUGCAAACGCUAUGGUGUUACAGAUAGACGAAAACAGACGAUUUGAUCCCACCCCCUCCCCACAAACCUGAAACGUUUAAACUCACAUCAAUCACAAUUUAUUCCCCCCCCCCCUAGUUUUCUAACACAGAUAAGUAUAACAUCCCAAAUGUUUAAUUGAGAUGUGAUACCAGCGCUUACAAAAAAAGCAGCGCUCACCAAGCUCUAGAGUUUGAGAGGACCAGUGGACAGGUACGGAAUUUGACCAAGAACCGUGGCCAGAUUCAUUUAGUAUAUUUUCUUUUUUUACCAUAAAAAUUUAAAUGUGAGGACCGCCAGCAUAAGGUUCGAUGACCGGUUUUACCGACCCCCCUUUUCAGGACUGCUGUUCUAAACCAUCACCAAUGGGAGUGUCGUAGAGUCUUUCAGUUUUAAGUAUGUGACAGACUUCUCUUUAUCUAUUAUGAGUGUGAGUCGAAAAGAACAUUUUGGCUAUGAAACAUAACGCACGUCUUCAAUGUUCGACAAAGAAUCAACGCAUGUGGAGAGAAAAACGGAUAAAACUUAAAAUGAAACUAAAUCUAAAAUUAUGGUGGCCGUUUGGACAUCCACAAAACUCAAUCACUUGUUGUUUAUUCUAUGGAACGUAAUCUAGCAGUUAUACGUUUCUGCUUAAACGUAGUUGAAAACAACCCAAAAAAAAACAAAAACAACCAAACAAACAAAAAACGUUGAACUGAAUGAAGUACCGUUAAGUGUUGACAUGUAGAUAUGUGUGAAUUGUUCGUGCAUCAAAGACGCCGCAGGCGUUGUGGGGGAAAUGUCAGGAUAUAUCUCGUGUCACGGUUCAUGUGAUUUCCACUGUGAAAUCUAUGCUCUUCCUUCGCAUAUAUUAUCGACAGUCUGUGAAUAUUUUACAAAAAUAAACAAGGACUAAACCUACAUACUUCAGGCAGAUUAAUUAUAUAUUUUUGGGGGUUGGGGGCGGGCAAAUCUAUUUUAACAAAGACCUGAGAUUGAGAUGUUAUUGAAUGACAAGAGCCACACUCGCAUGUUACUUACAAACAGCGAUUGGUUAUGGAAAUUAAGCUUUUCUGAAAAGUAAACCAAACACUCUAGGGAAUUAAAUCUCACAUUUCAAGGCGUUUCAAAGCUUGUGUCUGACAUACACAGCGAGUACGGCAUGCUCACCUAGUCCGACAUGCACAGCGAAUCGGACAUGCACACAGAGUCCGACACGCACAGUGAGUCCGACAUGCACACCGACGCGAAGGCCUUCCAGAAAAUAAAUGAAGUUUGUUCAAAUCCUAGCUUUUUUUCACGUAACUUCUAUGCCGAAAUCAAGAAAGCUUUUUCCCAAUGCCUGCCGUUUGUGCAUGUAGUUCUUUUACGAGCUAUAUCAGGACCUUAUCUCAAUAUGUCUACCAGAGAAAUACAAAUACGAUUAUUCCAAAACCAGUUUGAGUGUGUUGUUGCGGAGCUGUCACCCGUAGAACCUCAAGUGGAAGCGAUCGAUAUGCAAAUCAAAGAUUUUUUAACAAAUUCAGAUUUGUUAAAGAAUGGAAACUGAUCAAAUUUAUAAGUUGCUCUUGGGUGAUCAAAGUAUUUGGUCGUUGAUUCAUUUCUAUUUUCGGGACUACCUACUUUAUAUUACAUUUUAAUUUCCGCCACUACGUACUUUGUAUUACACUUCAAUGUUCACCACUAACUACUUUGUAUUGCAUUUCAAUAUUCGCCCCUACCUACUUUAUAUUACAUUUCGACAUGAAAAUAAGAGUGUUACACAUUUAUUUAGAUAUUUUGAUUUUAUCUAUAAGCCACCGAGAUUUUGUGACAAAUACAUCCGCCACCCCCCCCCCCCCCCCCCCCCUUUCUGAGCCCGAUUAAAUCUUUUUCCCGGCUCCCAAAUCAAAAUGAGUGUUCCGAUCUUUGACAUGAAAAUAAGAGUGUUACACAUUUAUUUAGAUAUUUUUAUUUUAUCUAUAAGCCACCGAGAUUUUGUGACAAAUACAUCCGCCCCCCCCCCCCCCCCACGCCAACUUUCUGAGCCCGAUUAGAUCUUUUUACCGGCUCCCAAAUCAAAAUGAGUGUUCCGAUCUUGUUCUAUUUCAAUAGUAAAUACUAAAUGGAGCCCGCAAAACAUUGGCGAUAUCAAUGCGUGAACUUCCCAUCUACUAAAGUUACUUGACAAAAACGUGAACUCAAGCUACGCACAUUUAAGAAUGCCAAUUUUGCUACCCCCCCCCCCCUCCUUUUUUUUUCAUGACUCGUCACGGCACACUUUUUAUUUCACGUCGACCCGCGGCUUAGCAUACGCCGCGAGCUGGCUGGCAAGUGAGGGUGGCAAGGGAAGGGAGGGUUUGCCUGCGUCUUGCUUGCUCUGGCGUAUCUAUAUAUAGCCUGCGUGUUGUUUGACCCUUCUUGUUGUUUGACAGUUGCUGGCGAAUUAUAUAUAUAGAUUAUACGUGCAUAUAAGAUGUCUAAAAAUAUGGUGUUUAUCUUUUUUAAGGUAUGUGAAGGCGACACAGUAGAAGUUACAGUGGACAACAGAAUGGAAGUGUCUGAGGGGACGUCCAUUCACUGGCAUGGACUAACGCAGAGACAUUCUCAAUUUAUGGACGGUGUGGCCAUGGUGACCCAAUGUCCUAUUCCCGCACAUUCUCGUUUUACCUACAGGUACAUGAUUUUUAUCUUAAAUUCAUUUAUUGAUUUGUGAAACUAUACCAUGGGGCUAAACUCGUGCUGUCAUCGAUGGGAAAUCUUAACAGCAAGAAAAUAUUAGAGUGACAAAUAAUGUUUAUAGUCUUGUGGGGGUGGGGUGGUGGGAAAGGAGUGGGAGUUUGGAAUGAGCUCUCAGUCUGUAUGACUCCGGUACACUAUUGGCAACACUGUCCAUCUGAUAUGUUAUACCAUUCAACAUGGUAUUAAGGUAGGACUCACCUGCCAUGCUUGCUCUCCCAAAUACAAGUUUUGGGCACGCAGUGAAAAGUAUGUUUUAGCGUUUCUGGGGGCGAGCGUGCAAUGCCGACAGUUCGUGGCCCCGUUGUGGUCUAGCCAGUAAAAGUAGGACUUUGUUGGACAGUGUUCACUUGCAUCUGAGUACCAAGCUCUAAUGCUGGCGUCACACUUUCCACUUGCUGGAUUGGAGCAUGUCUGUGUGAAAACCUCUAUGACAUCCCACAGUCCGUACUACUUUUAUCCUUAAAUUGUCCGCCAAGAACCCUUUUGUACUGAAAGAGAUGAAUGGAUGUGACCGGGCAAUGUCCGCUUGUUCGUUGCCCCUAACGUUCACAUGACUUUUUACCCAUUUCCUUCAAUGGACUGACAUGAUUGAAUACUAAAAAAAAAGUCCAAACAGAAAAACGUGUAAACUGAAUAGAUGUAACAAUUAUGAAGCAAUGCCCACUUAGAGGUUCUAGGUCAUAUAAUAACAUUACAUUAAAAAAAUUACGACAGCAACUGCAUACAUAGCACAUGACACAUUACCGCAGUGACAACUGCGCUGGUAACUCUCUUGUUGAAAGGUUUCGAUACAUUCCGUCGCCUUUGAUGCGAGUCGGUAUUUUUAGCAUUCUGUUUUUGUUCUUUCUGACUAGCACGUAGUCCUGUGUACCACAUCGUCUUCAGCGUUCCUGUUCAGCAGUGUGAAUCUCGGUUUCUUCAUGGCUUGCUUUCCGACUGACCGACUUCUUUGAAAUACUAGAGCAAAAUGCUAAAUGGUGUGGAUUUUUCAACUAUUGAAUUACGAAAUGACUCUGGGAGGAGAAGGUCAAAGUAACAAAACCUAACUUUUAUUAGAGUAGAGGAUCCCCUAAUGUUGUGCUAUUGAUCCAGACUGUGUCAGAUACUUUGGUAUUUGAAGCAGGGACAACUCUCUAACGAAAGAGGAUGUGCUCGAAGCUCACAACGUUACGAAAUAAAUCUUUUUAUAUCGAUGUUAUUCAGCGGACGCAUUAUUUUCAAACCCGGCAGAGAAAUUUUUAACGAAAUGGGUCUACCCUGUCGGAUUAAAUGAGAACCGCUGCCCUGAGGUGUUACGUUGAAAUUCCCUGGUUUAUUGAAAGAAGCUUUCAUCUCAUUAUUUCCAUUUUGUUUGUAUGGCAAUCUUGAUGUAUAAAGCUUUGCGCCAGUUCACCACACUGCCCCUAAUGCAGGCCUAACACAGAAACCAUUUAAAUACACAUACGACGUAUUUGAUCUCCAUCCUGGAGGUGACAAGUGGGUACUGAACACAUCGAGAGGCAUGGUCGCCACUAGGGCUUUUUUUUUUACGGUUACCGGAAAUUUGAUCGAAAGAAAUUUCGUCGACGGUAAAUUGAUCGACGGUAAUUUGAUCGAACAGAAAUUUGGUCGAAUCUUUUUUUCAGUUCACGCGUUACAAUUUUCGUCAAAUUUCUUUUUGAACGCAUUAUACUAUUUAGUAAAACAAAAUAAUUCGUUCUAAAAGAAAUUUGAUGCAAAAUUGUAACGUAAAAAUUGAAAAGAAGAUUCGAGCAAAUUUCCGUUCGAUCAUAUUACCGUCGACCAAUUUACCGUCGACGAAAUUUCUUUCGAUCAAAUUUCCGGAUAUUUCCGUUCGAUCAUAUUACCGUCGACCAAUUUACCGUCGACGAAAUUUCUUUCGAUCAAAUUUCCGGAUACGGUUUUUUUACAGGUGGGGGGGGGGGGUCACUCUGUCACCCUCGGCCGGGAUACUCUGUAAGUAGGAUUUGUAAGUCAUGACAUGUCAUGACAAAUAGCGGACUGGCAUAGUUACAUAUUCUUAAUAGUGUCUUGUCAGUUGCAUAGAUCUGACUAAAUUGUUACGGAGACUUUGACUUGAGUUGAUUUCGUUUCUCAAUGCUGGGCAAUAAAUUAGUCAAUUCAGAAGAAUUGGGCGUCCAUGCUAAUGGGCAAGGAUAGAGUCGUGUGCUACAGUAGUUCAAGAGUAAAGUUCGAUUUUUUUCAAAAAUGUAUUUUAUCCUAAAUUACGUCAUUUUUAUUUUUAAAAAAUCAUAAAACUUUGGCACAUACUUUUCCAGGUCCCAAAUACACUUAGUCUCCACAACCUGAAGACUCCACUACCCUAGGUCUCCACUACCCCAAUGUCUCCACUACUCUAGGUCUCCACUACCUGAGGUCUCAACUAUCCCCAUGUCUCCACUACCCUUCGUCUCCACUACCCUAGGUCUCCACUAUCCCCAGGUCUCCAUUACCCUAGGUCUCCACUACCCUAGGUCUCCACUACCCUAGGUCUCGUCUACCCUAGGUCUCCACUACCCUGGGUCUCCACUACCCCCAUGUCUCCACUACCCUAGGUCUCCACUACCCUAGGUCUCCACUACCCUAGGUCUCCACUACCCCCAUGUCUCCACUACCCUAGAUCUACACUACCCCAGAACUCGACUACCCGAAGACUACACUACCCCCAUGUCUCCACUACCCUAGGUCUCCACCACCCUAGGUCUCCACUACUCUAGGUCUCCACUACCCCCAUGUCUCCACUAUCCCCAUGUCUCCACUACCCUAGGUCUCCACUACCCUAGGUCUCCACUACCCCAAUGUCUCCACUACUCUAGGUCUUCACUACCUGAGGUCUCAACUAUCCCCAUGUCUCCACUACCCUUCGUCUCCACUACCCUAGGUCUCCACUAUCCCCAGGUCUCCAUUACCCUAGGUCUCCACUACCCUAGGUCUCCACUACCCUAGGUCUCCACUACCCUAGGUCUCCACUAUUCUAGGUCUCCACUACCCCCAUGUCUCCACUAUCCCCAUGUCUCCACUACCCUAGGUCUCCACUACCCCAGGUCUCCACUACCCUAGAUCUCCACUACCCUAGAUCUCCACUACCCUAGAUCUCCACUACCCUAGGUCUCCAUUGCCGUGGGUGAAUCCCUGUGUAUUCAUCUACCGCAGGGGUCGGGAACCUUUUGCUCGCGAGCCAGUUGUGGCUCUGUUGAUGGCUGCAUCUGGCUCGCAGACAAAUGUUUGAUUAUAUAAAAAAAAUAUUUGAUCUGCAUAUUAAUUGCAUAUCAAUAUUUCAUUCUACACAUUUUCUACAAUUUUUAGUUUUAAACAUAAUGUAUGGCUCACACAGAAUUACUUUUCAAAAUAUGUGGUGCCCCUGGCUGUCUCAGACAAAAAGGUUGCCGACCCCUGAUCUACCGUGUGUCGCAAAGUAAACGCUUAAUACACUGCUAAUCUGCUCUAACUUCAUUUUCUGAACAACCUCCCGCAAUCCCUGAAUCAAAUGAUUCCUGCCAUAUAAAUUCUUUCCCUACCUUGUGGUCUAUGCAUUCUCAAUGAACCGUAGUCAAAUAAUAAAUAUGCAUGGCCGUGGCUGUCGGGAAGUUGGGGGAGGGGGGGGGGGCAUGAUUCACACGCAACAUUUAAUAUUAUUUUUAGUUUUUGAUGACGUAGCAGAGAUCAAAAGCUCGCUCCUGUGUGCAUCACGUGGUGAUGUUUUGUUUUAUGUGUGUUAGUUUGCCGGUUUCUGUCGUUUGUGUCACGCAGCCCAUGGAAGAGGGGAUUUUUAAAAAUGUAUUCCAUUGCAGUAUUGCAGCGGUUCUCAGCCUGCGGGUCCAAACACUUACACACGGGGUCGCCUAAGAUCAUCGGAAAACACAUUUUUAUGAAGUAGCAACGAAAAUAAUUUUAUAGGUUUUUUUUUUUUUUUUUUUGGGGGGGGGGUGGGGGGUGGGGGGUGAGAACCACUGACCUGUUACAACUAUAAUAACAGUUUACCUCUCUAUGCUUGUCAAGGCUGAAGAACGGUUCGCUAAGUUAAUAUAAUGCUGAAGUGGAAUCUGAAAGGAACAACAUAUUUGUUUUAUUGAUAUAUACGUAUAACUUGAUGAAUGGUUCCCUUGGGUGAUGGGUUAGUGGGGGGGGGGGGGCAGUGGGGGCAGUGGUGUACGUGUAUAUUGUGUUUUAUUGGUGCCCUUUUUCGUUCACAUUUUUUUUUUGAGUUUGGCCAUGGUUUAGUUUCGAGGUCACUUAGGCGCCCAAAUUUAACCAUUAAUGCUGAAGUGGAAUCUGAAAGGAACAACAUAUUUGUUUUAUUGAUAUAUACGUAUAACUUGAUGAAUGGUUCCCUUGGGUGAUGGGUUAGUGGGGGGGGGGGGCAGUGGGGGCAGGGGUGUACGUGUAUAUUGUGUUUUAUUGGUGCCCUUUUUCGUUCACAUUUAUUAUCUGAGUUUAGCCAUGGUUUAGUUUCGAGGUCACUUAGGCGCCCAAAUUUAACCAACAAAUUAGCAAAAAAAAUUGAAUACGAAACAGACGUCGUUAGCAAGUUCCCUUGGGAAAAGGGAAAAGGAAAUCAGUGAAGAGACAGGAGAAGAGCCUUCAACAUCGAAGAAACAUACAACUUUUUAACAGAAAAUACCAUGAGUCCUACUUGAAAUACGGAUUUAUCGGGACAGGUGAUUCCCACACACCAACCACGCUCCUCAUAGUUUGCGAUGACCGGCUCUCUAAUGAGGCAAUGAAACUUUCAAAACUGCUUCGCCACUCAAACGCCGAGCACCCUGGAUAAAACGACACGCCCCUGGAGUAUUUUGAAAGAAAAAAAUGGGAACACGAAGGACAGAAGAAAUUUCUGAGGGCCACCACAUCAAUAAGGAGAGUGCACUGAGAGCAUCAUAUUUGGUGGCUAACCGUAUUGCUAUGGCCAUCCACUAUCGGUGAAGAAUUGAUCUUGCCCUCCACUAAAGACAUUUGCCGUGAACUUCUAGGAGAGAAUACUGUUAAAAUGAUAGCACAUGUGCCUUUGUGGGCUAGCACUGUGACUAGGUGCAUUGAGGAAAUAGCCGAAGACAUUUAAAUACAAUUGUUGGAGAGGAUUAAUACAUUGAUUGAUUGAUUGAUUUUGAUAUUUAUAUCGAGCGGUUAUCCAUGCCACUUUAGCAUGCCCACUGUGCUCUGGUACUGGUACGCACUUUUGACGAACCUACACGUAGAUUCCCUCUCAGGUGUAACCUCCUUAAGCCGAGCAGUUAAACCAGACAGUCGCCAGGUCAUGGCAGCAGCUCCGUCUGUGCAUAUGCCAAGACAAAAGAACGAUUUUAGUUGUCCUGAUAUAUUGGUGUGUGUUGGUUGGCAGAGAUAGUUCACAUAAGAAAUUCUCAUGCACAUCCUCCUGUUUAAGAUAUCGCACAUAAACAAGUAGUAUUGACUUGUUGUUCUUAAAAUCUACGCAUUGUAUCAUUCACAUGAAAAUGCGGGAAAGCCGAAAAUAUCACCGGAUUUUAAUUUUAAUAACUACAUCAAAGCACACACCUUUAACUCGCGCCUUUUUGAGCAGCUUCGUGAUAAGACGGACGCAGAGCACAGAUGCUUUCUCCUUUACACAGAAAUAAGAUGGUUGUCCAGAAGAAAAUGGCUAACCAGAGUAUUUGAAUUACGAGAGCCAUUGCAAAGAUUUCUCUCAGAAAUGACGUCACCGCUGGCAGUGCAUUUCAGUGACAAGGUAUGGGGCGCAAAACUGGCUGUGACCUGUGUGACAUAUUCAGCCUGCUCAGUGAACCAAAUCUGUCCUUUCAAAACUGGCUGUGACCUGUGUGACAUAUUCAGCCUGCUCAGUGAACCAAAUCUGUCCUUUCAAAACUGGCUGUGACCUGUGUGACAUAUUCAGCCUGCUCAGUGAACCAAAUCUGUCCCUUCAGGGGGAAAUGACAACUGUUUUCAAGUUGGCAGACAAAGAAGCUGCACUUAAAAAAGCCAAACUUGAGUCGUGGGGACGGCGAGUGAAUAGAGGCUUCUUGGACAUGUUUCAAACAUUAGCGGAGUUUUAAGGCGAGACUGAGCCUAAACAUUCAAUCUCCAAGUCGGUGUACGUUCACAUGUCUUUGCUUUUAAAAAAAGUUUGAGUGCUACUCCCAAAAAGACCCACGAACUGGUAAGGAAUGGAUCCGCGACCCAUUUGUCAACAAACCAGGCGAAUCUAGCAUGUCUGUACAAGAAGACGAUCAAAUGCUGGAGGUUGCAAACGACGGCGCCUUGAAACUACGUUCGAGACAACGACACUGCCGGUGUUCUGGAUUAAAGUCAUGGCGGGAUACCCUGAGAUUGCCACCACGGCACUUAAAUCCUUAUUGCCAUCUCCGACACUCUAUCUGUUUGAAGCGGAAUUUUCUGCAGUGAUAGCAACCUAAAAAAGCAACAAAAAAACACCGAAUAAACUGGACAUAAGCAACACAUUUCGGGAGUCAUUGUUGCCUAUGAGCCCUGAAGGAACCGCCUCGUAGCAGAAAAACAAGCUCAAGAUUCUCAUUACUUUAUCGUUCUAGUGAUUUAAAAUGUUAAAUCACUUUAUAAUCAUUUUUUGGUGUAACUGUAUUUUAUUUUGAAGGUACGUUUAAAUACAAUUAAAUUAAAAUUAUUAAAUCAAAAUUAUCUAAAAUAUAAAGAAUCACUCACCGCCCCCCCCCCCAAUUUUCAGCGGGCCGCGGUAAAAAUUUUCAAACGGUGAUCGGUCCACAAUGAUAAAAAGGUUGGGGACCCCUGGACUUUAACUUUAAAUGACAAAUUCACCAUUUCCUAGCUCGUCAACUGUUUCAGAUUCAAGGCUGAUAAUCCCGGGACUCACUUCUGGCAUGCGCAUGCAGGCGUUCAGAGGGCCGACGGCUUGUACGGGCCGUUCAUCAUCCGCAGGCCUCCCGGGCGUGAGCCUCACUACCAUCUCUAUGACUACGACCUCUCGGAGCACGUCGUGGUCGUCACGGAUUGGCUGGCCGAGAUGACCGUCAACAGGUUUGCGGCACAUCACCAUGACGACGGGGACAACAAACCCGAACUGAUGCUGAUCAAUGGUUAAUGAUUUCGCUUAUGUUAAACUUCAUUUUGAUUUGUUUCUCAACCUCCUUUCUACAUAUUCUACCAUCUGGGAUGAUUGUCAACCUUAUUUUCCAGUUAAUGCAUAAUGGCUGUGUUGCUUGGGGUUGAAAUGGCCAGAAAGACUUUGCCAUUGUAUACUAGUAAUUAGUUUUUGUAGUGUUACGUUUGUUUUAAAUGUGGUAAAUUAUGUGGUAAAUUAUAGAUUUGUUUUUGUUGACUUUGUACCGCGCUUCUAGCCUUUGGGGAUGAAGCGUGUUUUUGAAAUGAACUUUAUUAUUAUUAUUUAUUAUAUUACUUAUCACUUUAUUGAUUUAAUCUUAUGUUUAAUACAUUAUUUCAAUGUAGUAACAUUAAUUGGUUCCCAAGUAACAUUAAUUGGUUCCCAAGUAACAUUAAUUGGUUCCCAAGUAACAUUAAUUGGUUCCCAGCAUUGAAGUCUUUUAUCGAAACUGCGCAAAAGAAUUUCCCAAUUGGGGGCCGCCCAUUAAAGUACGUCACGUUAUUUUUGACAAAUGUUAACACCCCCCUCCCCCUGUCACAAACUGGCACAAAACCUCGGACCCCCCCCCCCCCCCAAAGUACGUCACACUUGCGAACAAUUUUUUUUUUAAUUACCGUAACUAACACCUAAUUAAAAUUUAAUCUAAAACACACUUCACUAUUAAACUGUAUUAAAAUAUAAAAUUUCCUCUUAAAAGAACUAUCACGUUAUUAAAAUGACUUUAAUGGUAGAAUCGUUAAUUGUCAACAGUUGUCACAGUUAUUCAUUGAAGCAGUAACUCAAUCUAGAUUGAAUUUGAAAACAAUAAUUGCAAAAAUUAGACAAGACAAUUAUAUAAUACACAUCAUAUAUCUGCUGCUUUUUCAUUUACAAUAGGUGAGGAGGUCAAUUACAUUCCAAAAUUCUCGCUCAGUGAUAUAAUUAUGCAGCGGACAACAUAGAAAUAAUGAUACCUCAGACAUGACGAAAGCAAGUCUAUAACAUAAAACAAGGCAUCGCAACAGCACACUAGCGCUCCUAGCGAGAGGAAUCGUGAACAACACAUUCAGGAGAUAGGCAUUUCAUGCUAUUUUGACAUAAAACUAAUUCAAAUGUUUCACAAAAUGUUUAAAAAUUAUUUUUAAAGCUAUUACAUACUACUAAAAAAUAAAAAAUAAAAUACAAAAAUAAAUAAAUGUGUGACGUCACACAUGGCCUGACCACCCCCUUCCCCAUGUAACAAACUGUAACACUUUCUUACACCCCCCCCCCGGAGCGUGACGUACUUUAUGGACGGCGCCCUGUCAGCAAAUAUUACAGGAAAGCUAUUCUAUAAUUUUAAAAUCAAAAAAAAAAAAAGUACAAUUCAAAAAUGCGUGCGAGUUGAAAUUUAUUCUCGCAAUGCGAUUACGGCACUGUCAAGAGUACAAUCUAACGAUAUUCCAUGUCUAUUUUCAGGGAUGGGGAAAUAUCAAGAGUUCAAGGGCGACAACGGCACUUCCUAUUUCACACCCAGGGCAACAUUCACGGUGAAAGGCGGCAAGAAGUAUCGCUUCCGUGUGAUCAGCAGCGCCAUCAUGAACUGUCCAAUACAGGUUUGACCUUUUAACGACCUUGAACCUCUUGCUUUUUACGCAUAGUAGUCCCUUCAAUUAGUUAGUAAUCUUAUUUUCAGAUGGCUGGCCGAAUGGUCUAAACUGAGCAAACCUCAAGUUGGUGGUCUGGAGUUCAAAAUCCAGCCAAAGGCCAGUCAUACAAAAACAUCACCCCGAGUGGAUGAGACUCGUUAACCUUGGUCGGCAACUCAUCUAAGAGAAGGCAACUGUGACUUCAAACCCGAAAUUGGAGUCCCGCAAGACGCAUACAAUGACAAUUCCUGCAACCGUACCCAUCCCUGGUCGUCGUGACGUAGAGUCUUGCCCACUGGGUAUUGUGGGCCCGGACGAGAGAGUGAGGUUGACGCCGCGCAACUUUUAACAAAAGUCACCCGUGCAAGUCAUCAGUCACCGGACGACUCGAUGGUGAUCGUUGAUCUUCGACGGACGAACAAUAAUAUCUUAUAAACGGUUAUAUUAUUUUAAAAAAAAGACUCAAUUUGAUGAAUUUUUUUUUCAAAAUUUUUUUUUCAAUUGAAAGUGUAUAAAAAUGUAUUGAACGGUUUUAAUUGUAUGUACAAUGAACAAACGAUUGGUGCUUGUCGCCUCACAGUGCAGUUCUAAUAAAUAACCUAGUACUUUGAUGUCGAUACAGGGGUGUAGCUUAGAGUGACCAAACGUCUAUCAGGGCGCCUAAAUAUCCCGUUUCCAAAACCAAACAUAUUUUCAAAUCACUAAAACUUCUAGCUGUGCAGCCAGUGCCAGUAGUGAUUUCGGCUCGCGUGAUGGCUGCACUGUUUCCCCCUCCACCACUCUGCUGACGCUGCGAUCCGUGCCCAUAAUUCUUAAACUGAAAGAAUCUUUUCGCUCGUGAACAUUCAAUGGACAGACGAAAGAAAACAAGAUGAGAGUGGCGGCCCUUUCUGCAAUCCUGCAGGUUCUCUACAAUUUCGAAAUGGACUGUUUUAGUUUUGACAACUUUAUAUUAGAUAAGAUGGAGGUUUUAACAAUCGCUGGGACAAGAGCCAAAUAUAAUCAAUUGAAAUCCUAGACUCGAGAAAUGUAAUUUGUUGUGUUGUAUUAUGUUGUAAACUAUUUAUAAAUAAAUAAGUAUUCACUGAAAAAUUAUUGUUUACGUUUAUGAUAUGCCUCAGAGUGUAAAUUAAAUUACAAAAGUCAAGGUAAAUUUAUAAAGAUUUCUAGGUCUCAAAAUUGUUAAAAUGAGCAUAUUUCAAUAAACAGUUUCCGGUAGAGACCCCCGGACCCCUCUUUAGCCGGAGGGUAUCCCACUAAACCCUCCUUGGUUGUGGCCCUUUUUUUCCGGUUCAUGAUUUGGUCAACCUUGCGUAGCUAGGGGGGAAAUAAAGCUUCCCAAAUACGAUUUAGUCGGGCGACUCUGAGUGCGCGAAGAGAAUCGGUAUAAAUUAAAAUAACUUUUUAAUUCAAAUUUAUUUAAUUUUUAAAAAAAGUAAAUUUAAUGUAAAAAUAACGAUAACUUUACGUUGAUACAGCUAUUAAAUACAUUUACCUCCUGACCUUCAAUUAAUUUGUUUUUCUUCUUGUCAUUGUUAUACUGUUCACUUAUUUUAACAAGAAGAAUUCCAUCGUAGCAGUCUUGGGGGGGGGGGGCGGCGACACCAACACUAGCUACGCCACUGACUAGUAGCAGUAUUACAGUAAUAUUGCGUCCGACGCAUGUUCAAGGUGCGUGUGACUUAUCACAACCCCCCCCCUCCCCCCACCCCCCACCUCCCACCUCCCACCUCUCACCCCCCACCUCCCACCCCCCAACCCACAACUCCGCUACGCCGGUGGUUCAUCCAAUUUGCGAACUCCGGGGCUUACGCCAAAUGUGGGUUUUCGCCUGACGCCCCUUUGUUAAAUUCUAAAAAGUUCAAUUCUAAAUAGCCAAUAAAUAAACAUAAAGACAUAAAGGGUGGGGUAAGAAUCUAGUAAAUAGUAAACAGUAGCUACUCAAGUGUUUUCACCAAGCCCGCGAGAUUGAAGAUUGGAUGAAAAGUCGAACUACAAUGAUGGGUCUAUUAAUAUCGCAGGGCUUCUCCGCGGAGCCGAAGCGACCAAGAACGGGGCGCCAUGCCGAGGAAAUGUGGCACCGGGGCGGAUCGGUAAAAAUGCGAUUUGUGGCGCCCUUUGUUUCUGUUUUUUUUUUAAAUUUUAAUUUACUAUUAAGAUACUAUCUGAAAACGAUUUUGGCGCCAAUGGGCUCCUGUAUUAUUAGUAAUAUAUUUGGAACGGAAAAUAAUCCAGAUAUUGAUUUGAUUUUAAAAUUUAUGAAAGUUCAGUUGUGAUUUUUUUUUUGUUUUUUGUUUUUUUGCCAAUGGCGACUUAAUAUAUGUACAAUUAAAAUGAAACAAAAGAAAGUAUUGCUUCUCAUCAAUAUCUGGGACAUUCCGAUUUCUUCGCACAUUUUGUGAAAAUGUACAUUUUUUCAAUCAUUCAUUACGAGAUGGUUGUAAUUGUUUUCAAAGUUUUUGCUAUGUUGUUUAUUGAGGUAAAAACGUUCUGUCAAAUAUUUAAUAGCAGUAUCAAAUAUGGCAUUUAAAAUUUCGACACGAAUAUAUUAGGCAGGGUUCUCAAUAUAAUAGAUUCACAAUCAAAGGAAUAUCCGCUAGUUUUGGCAGCAUGCUGGAAACACUGGGCUGGUCACCAUUGGAGGAACGAUGACGUCUAUACAGGCUCUUCAUGAUGUACCGGUACAAGAUAAAUAAUAGAUUGGACCACUGCUCCAGCAUUGAACAGAAACUUGUCCCUCUCCCCCAUAGUAGCGAAGAGGCCAUGACAGGAAGUCCCGACACAUGCCAGCAAGAACCCAGUACAGGAACUGCCCAUUCCUACCUAAGACAAUCAGGGACUGGAACAAUAUUCCAAGGGGAACAGUUGAGGCGAGAACACUUGAAACAUUUGCGUCUAUUCCCAUAGGCUUUUCAACUCCCAGUUCAUGAUACCCUCACCGAGUGGCCCUUGCAACAAGUGAAAUAUCCUCUUUAACACCAGGCACAGAAACAUUGCAAAUCCCCUCUACAUGCAAAGGAGCCAGAAUGAUCAAUAAAUUGAUCGUGGGCUCUUAAUAUAAAGAAGAAGAAGAAAGGCGUCUAAGAAAAUUGUUGGGGUGUGCUGUAUGGUUGUAGCGUCUAUGAACAUUGUAGCUGUGUUCUGUAAGGUUUUAGCGUCAAUGAACACUGGUUGGGUAUAAUGUAUGGCUGUAGCGUCUACGAACAUUGUUGGGGUGUACUGUAUGGUUGUAGCGUCUACGAACAUUGUUGGGGUGUUCUUCUAUGAAGAUUAUAACCAUUUUGGCGCUUUGAAAAUAUAUUGGAAGAUUUGCUUAGUUAAGUUGAAUUACUAUAGCAAUCAUUGUUUUUUUGGUCAACUUUGUCAUUUUAGAUUUAUGAUACAAUUAUUUUGUGUGUGUGUUUUAACCUAAAAGGCAAGAGGGGUUCCAGAGUUGAUAUUUUCAGGGAGUGGGGUCAAUUAAAUACAAAAUUUGGGAAACUCUGACGUAAAGUUGACCGAAGUUGCUAUAAUUAUAAUAUAACAGUUGUAUUCUAAAUAAUGUUGACAGAUUUCAAUAGAGGGACACACCAUGACUGUCAUAGCAUCAGAUGGGAACUCAUUUGAGCCGAUCGUUGUGGACACAUUCAACAUUUUUGCUGGGGAGAGAUUUGACUUCGUGCUUUAUGCUGAUAAAAUGGAAACGCCGAGGUAUAAACCAUAAAUUAUAACCAUAAAUUAUAAAGCAUAAUGAAAUAUUAUAAUAUAAUAGUAAUAAAUACUGUAGCCGAAUGGAAACAGAAGAUCACAUCACUCCCCAAAGUCAUCGUUAGGUCGACAUGCAAGAAGUUGACGUCAGUCACAAAGACACUAAUUAACGUAAGUCACAACACAACAGUUUACAUCAGUCACAGCGUAAUAGUUUAGGUCAAUCACAACACAAUAGUUUAUGUCAAUCACAACACAAUAGUUUAUGUCAAUCACAACACAAUAGUUUAUGUCAAUCACAACACAAUAGUUUAUGUCAAUCACAACACAAUAGUUUAGGUCAAUCACAACACAAUAGUUUAUGUCAAUCACAACACAAUAGUUUAGGUCAAUCACAAGACAAUAGUUUAGGUCAAUCACAACACAAUAGUUUAUGUCAAUCACAACACAAUAGUUUAUGUCAAUCACAACACAAUAGUUUAUGUCAAUCACAACACAAUAGUUUAGGUCAAUCACAACACAAUAGUUUAUGUCAAUCACAACACAAUAGUUUAGGUCAAUCACAAGACAAUAGUUUAGGUCAAUCACAACACAAUAGUUUAUGUCAAUCACAACACAAUAGUUUAUGUCAAUCACAACACAAUAGUUUAUGUCAAUCACAACACAAUAGUUUAGGUCAAUCACAAGACAACAGUUUACAUCAGUCACAACACAAAAGUUGAUGAUAAUCACACACGUUUUAAAUCGUUUAACUUUACUUUGAACGGUCAUAUUUUUGGUUGUUGUUGAAACAUGAAAAGUCAAUGUUCUCCACAUGACAGGAAUUACUUGAUUAAAGUCCGUGGCUUGGCAGACUGCAAUGUCAAGGCCGCCAACCAGACCGCCAUUUUGAAAUACGAGGGAGCGCCUGACGCCCUGCUACCGGAAGCAACUCCAUCAAAUAUGUCACUUACUGGACUAGUACGGGGCUUUUAACAUUAUUUUAGGAAUUAAUCUUUCAAGAACAAAUUGAUAAAAAAAACUUAUCGUGGUCUGCUGUUGCCUCUUUUUUAAAAAAAAAUCACAGUGAAUAUUCCCAGCCCAGACUUGUUAAAAAUGUAAUCCCCAAAACCUUCUAAUUCUAAUCGCCAGCUCCUGAACCCUUGGAACGCCAAAGGCACGGCAACUCAAAUUGAGCUCACUCGCAUGGUCAACACUGAGCCUGAUGACGACACGCUGACGGCAGAGCCCAACAAGAAAUUUUACCUCGCGAUGGACUUCAACAAGAUAGACAACUCGCGCUUCAACAACCCCUCGUACUACCCUUUGUCAUCGGUGGUCAAGAAGAAACAGCUGUUCUCUCCCCAGAUCAACCAUAUUACGUCACUGCUGCCCGCCUCCCCGCCCCUCAGCCAGUAUGAUGACGUUCCAAAGGUAAAAGUAUUAGAUUAAAAGAAAUACCAGAGAAUCCAUCGCAAGACAUGACGGAAUGGAGUACCCGCUACGGUCCUCAAGGGUGUACGCACCGCUGAUCUGUUCUAUCAAGGGUGUACGCACCGCUGACCUGUUCUAUCAAGGGUAUACGCACCGCUGACCUGUUCUAUCAAGGGUGUAUGCACCGCUGACCUGUUCUAUCGAGGGUGCGUGCACCGCUGACCUGUUCUAUCAAGGGUGUACGCACCGCUGACCUGUUCUAUCAAGGGUGUACGCACCGCUGACCUGUUCUACCAAGGGUGUACGCACCGCUGACCUGUUCUAUCAAGGGUGUACGCACCGCUGACCUGUUCUAUCAAGGGUGUACGCACCGCUGACCUGUUCUAUCAAGGGUGUACGCACCGCUGACCUGUUCUAUCAAGGGUGUACGCACCGCUGACCUGUUCUAUCAAGGGUGUACGCACCGCUGACCUGUUCUAUCAAGGGUGUACGCACCGCUGACCUGUUCUAUCAAGGGUGUACGCACCGCUGACCUGUUCUAUCAAGGGUGUACGCACCGCUGACCUGUUCUAUCAAGGGUGUACGCACCGCUGACCUGUUCUAUCAAGGGUGUACGCACCGCUGACCUGUUCUAUCAAGGGUGUACGCACCGCUGACCUGUUCUAUCAAGGGUGUACGCACCGCUGACCUGUUCUAUCAAGGGUGUACGCACCGCUGACCUGUUCUAUCAAGGGUGCACGCACCGCUGACCUGUUCUAUCAAGGGUGUACGCACCGCUGACCUGUUCCAUCAAGGGUGUACGCACCGCUGACCUGUUCUAUCAAGGGUGUACGCACCGCUGACCUGUUCUAUCAAGGGUAUACGCACCGCUGACCUGUUCUAUGUGGUGUUAACCAUUUAACGUUUUUAUUGGUUUGUCCACAUUUCGAAAUCCUGUCGCUCUCAGAAACAGCCAGACACUGGAGUCCUUUAAAACCGAUUAAAAACACAUCUAUUUCGCAAACACCUUCUGGGGUGAUGCUAUCUACCAUCUUUUUCAGUUAAUGUAUAUUGGCUUGUGUGGCUUAUGGUUGAAACGGGAUGAAAGACUUUGACUGGGUAUGCUCGUAUGUAGUUUUAUAUUGUUGCGUCUGUUUUUAAAUGUGGUAAAUUUUAGAUUGUUUUAUUUUCUUUUUUUAAUGUGGUUGACUUUGUACCGCGCUUCGAGCUUUUGGGGAUGAAGCGUGUUUUUCAAAUAAACUUUAUUAUUAUUAUUAUUACUUAUGAAAACAGCUUUUUUUUAGACAUCAUUUUAUCCCUUACCAAGUCAGUAUAAAGGAAUAUCUUGGAAAACUCAGAUUAUCAAGACUUAUCAAGACUUUUUGUCUUACAAAUGCGUCAAUCAAAUACAUUUUUAAAAGGAACCACCCUUUUCUGUUGCCAGUAAGGCAUUGGUCGGCAAUCUGCGGCCCUUUGAAUUAUUAAGUGUUUUUACUUCUUUUUAUGAUGUUGAGUACCGUAUAAACAGCAACAUUCCCCCCCCCCCUUUUACCAGCAGCUCACUAAAUAACUUCUAAGCAGAUAUAAUUUAUAAAAUGGAUCUUAACCCUAAAAAUAGACUGAAGGUCCCCGAGUUAGGUCACUUUGACUUUAAAUCUUUCUAUGACGUCGGAUGUGUACACUUUGAUAAUAGAUGGUGGGCAAUAAUAAAGCCAUUUUAAAAUAAAAAUGCUCAGUUCGUCCAUUGAAAUUGAUCGAUAAAAAUUUAAACGUUGGAUUCCUGCAUGUUCUUUUUCUGUGUAUGGGUGUGCAGAUGGCCCAUGAGGCCAAUUUUGUCACGAAAUGCUCUGUGUGUAAUGUGUACAGGGGACAUCUCCGGGUACAGAGUUAAUUUAGCACCUUGUGACCGCUGUUCUGUCUGUUUCAUGUUUUAUGAAGCCUUUAUGUACGGAGGAACGCUCUUUGAACUUUCUUUUUGCUUCAUGUUGUAUGGAGCCUUCAUGAAAGGAGGAACACCACGAUGCUCGAGCUUUCACUGGGUCUUCCGAUGUGUCCGGGUUUAUUAUUGACACAGAAUCUCGACACCAACAUUUACUUAAGGACGGUCUUUGUUGUUCAGCAACUACCCAACAUCAAGAAUGAUCUAUUGGCUUGAACUCACCAUCCUCCUGAGCCGAACCUAUAGGACCAUCUUUCUUACGGCUGGGGAUAUGUUGCUGAAUUGGCUUAAAAUGUGUUAACACACUGUAAGCUCGAUGUUACACCAGCCUGGUUGUAACAUAUCGAAAGUUCGCUAUUAUUGUGUUGAGACUCUUCUACUGGUCUCUCCCAGGUGAGACCUAACCUCGACCCCCCACCUACUACAAGACCUUUUCUUACUCUCUGUGUCAAUUUGUUAUUAUUUUUUUUUAAAUGAGCAUUAAUUAUUUUCACAAGGACAAGUACUGCAAUGCUGAAACUGUACAGAAGCACUGUGAGCUGGAGUGGUGCGCAUGCGUGCACAUGUACCAGGUCAGCCUUGAUGACCUGGUGGAGCUGGUUCUCAUAGAUGAGGGCGUGACCUUUGACGCCAACCACCCAAUGCACCUUCAUGGCUACAAGUUCAGGGUCGUGGGAAUAGACAGGGUAAUCGCAUUGCAUAAAAAUCAAAUCUCUAUUAAAAUCGUGUUUGUUGUUUUAAAGUAAGUACCUCAAACUGUGUGCCACUUUGACGUCGGCCGAUAAUUUUUGCCUUUAAAAAAAGUUUGUUUAAAAUUGUAUUUUCUUUCUUGAUUAUGGAAAAGUCAUUUUGUGAGUUAUUUCCCUGUGUCAUGUGUAAUAUAUUUAUUUGAAUACUUUUUGUCAGUGCUAUUUGCCUUUUUUAAAUUGUUAUUUAUUUAUUUUAAAUUAUUGUUUACUUACUUUUUUAGGGGGGGGGGGCAAUUAUAUUUUUACCCACCCUUAUGACUACUUUUUUCCACAUUCCACCCAUCCGCUCUCCUUCAACUCACACGAGAAUUAAAAUGUUCGUUUGUUUUUGUGUUAAAGAUUAUUAUUCCAAAAUUUUUAGGUGAACACUUCCACUUCGCUGGCAGAAAUAAAAGCUAUGGACAAAAGAGGGGAGUUAAAAAGGAUAAAGACUAAGGCUCCACUGAAAGAUUCAGUUACCGUUCCUGAUGGAGGGUACACGAUCGUACGAUUCAAGGCAGACAAUCCGGGUAGGCUUACUAUGUCACGUCUUGUGCAAUGACAUCAAUUAAAAUUAAUGCAUCGAUUUUACAAUUAAAACUGACCGCAUGACCGGCUGACCACAUGAGUGACUGACCACAUGACCGGCUGACCCCAUGACCGUAUGACUGGCUGACCGCAUAACCGGCUGACCACAAUAGCGCCUUUCAAAGUGUACCUAUUAUCACAUUGGUCAUUCGCCGAUUUGUUUGUUCACUAUUUAAAAAAAAAAAAUUGAAACAAAUCUAAAGCUAGUUGUGCAGUGACAAUUUACAAAUUAUUUGUGGACAAUUUCCCUCCGAGUUGAACACAGGAAAAGAGAAAUAAAUUUCUAAGACUUUGUUAGUCGAUAUCAGAUGCAUGGAGACAGAGUCGUUGUCACCAUCAAUUAAUCUCAUAGUAAUAUUAUCAUAACCAACGUAUGGUAUUUUAUUACUAGAUAAAUGAAGACAGGUUGGCACCAUCAAUUAAUCUCAUAGUAUAAGACGUCUUAUUAUUAUUAUUAUUAUUACUAUUAUUAUUAUCGUAACCAACAUACAAUAUAACAUGUCGAUACCACAUGGACCUUACCGUUGACCUAGUUAGUAGCUGUCAUUUAACUCUUACCACCAUCUCUUUGCCCCUCGCCCCCCCCCCCCCCACCACCGCCUAGGUAUCUGGUUCCUCCACUGUCACAUUGAGUUCCAUGUAGAGAUCGGUAUGGGGCUGCUGUUUCAGGUGGGAACCAAGGAACAGUUCCCUAAACCACCAAGAAACUUCCCGACAUGCGGGAACUGGCUGUACGACGACGACGCGGCUGGUGGUGUGACGUCACAGGGCAAUGUUACUAGGAAUUCGGGAGGGUCAAGGACGUUUAGUCUGUUUGGUUUUAUCGUUAUAUUUACUUCGAAAUGCUUAUUUAAUUAACAUACUUUUUUAUAUACCAAUGUCAAAAAAGAUAUUAUCCUGAAUUGUGUCCUUGUACAGGCAUAUAUAAUGUCUUACACUAUUGUACAUAAUGUGUAUAUAAUGUAUUUAUUUUUCGAAUUCCAUGAUACAUUGAAUACUCUUAGUUCAAAUAUUUGAUGUACUUUACAUGAUGCAGUACUGAUGAAAUUCAAAAAAAAAAAGGGUUCAACAGAAAUAACUUAUGCUUAAAGUCUUUUUUUUAUAGCUACGAUUUAACUUAAAUUGAGUGGGGUUUGUUGGUUUGUCUUGGGUGGAUCUAUAUAAUUUCUAACAUACCAACACAGCCGAACUAUAUAAUUUCUAACAUACAACACACAGUGCUAUAUAAUUUCUAACAUACCAACACAGCCGAACUAUAUAAUUUCUAACAUACAACACACAGUGCUAUAUAAUUUCUAACAUACCAACACAGCCGAACUAUAUAAUUUCUAACAUACAACACACAGUGCUAUAUAAUUUCUAACAUACCAACACAGCCGAACUAUAUAAUUUCUAACAUACAACACACAGUGCUAUAUAAUUUCUAACAUACCAACACAGCCGAACUAUAUAAUUUCUAACAUACAACACACAGUGCUAUAUAAUUUCUAACAUACCAACACAGCCGAACUAUAUAAUUUCUAACAUACAACACAACGUGCUAUAUAAUUUCUAACAUACCUACUCUCCUGUACUAUAUAAUUUUUAACGUACCUACUCACCUGAAUUAUAUAAUUGAUAACAUACCAACACACCAGCACUAUAUAAUUUUUAACAUACCUACUCACCUGUACUAUAUAAUUUCUAAAAUACCAACUCACCCGUACUAUAUAAUUUCUAACAUACAACACAGCCGUACAAUAUAAUUUCAAAUAUACCAACACACAAGUACUAUAUAAUUUCUAACAUACCACCACACCAGCACUAUAUAAAUUCUAACAUACCAACACACCAGUACGAUUUAAUUUCUAACAUACCAACACACCGUGCUAUAUAAUUUCUAACAUAUCUACUCUCCUGUACUAUAUAAUUUUUAACAUACCUACUCACCUGAAUUAUAUAAUUGAUAACAUACCAACACCCAAGUACUAUAUAAUUUUUAACAUACCUACUCACCUGUACUAUACAAUUUUUAACAUACCUACUCACUUGUACUAUAUAAUUUCAAACAUACCAACACACCCGUACUAUAUAAUUUCUAACAUACCAACACACCAGUACUAUAUAUUUUCUAUCAUACAACACACCAGUACUAUAUAAUUUCUAACAUAAUACCACCACACGUGUACCAUAUAAUAUCUAACAUACCAACACACCUGUACUAUAUAAUUUCUAACAUACCAACACACCAUUACUAUAUAAUUUCUAAUAUAACAACACACCUGUACUAUAUUAUUGCUAGCAUACCAACACACCAAUACUAUAUAAUAUCUAACAUAACAACACACCUGUACUAUAUUAUUGCUAACAUAGCAACACACCUGUACUAUAUUAUUGCUAACAUACCAACUAACCCGUAAAAUACAGGUGGUUAUUGUUGUUUUUAGCAAAUAACACAAUUAACACAUAUCGUGAUUAAGGAUGUCAUAAUCGAUUUCAGCUUUAUAUACACAUAAAUAAAUAUUUGGUUUCAACUUUAAAAAAAACACAAAUUUAAAGUAAAUUGAUUUAGUGUACAAUUAAGAUAGUUCAGUACACAAGAAAGCAUUUCUUUUCAUCAAUAUCUUGGACAUUCCGAUUUAUUUACAAGUUUUGUAAAAAUGUACAUUUUUUUCAACCAUUCAUUAAGUAAUUAUUUGUACAAGUUUUUGCUAAGUAGUUUAUUGAGCUAAAAACGUUCUGUCAAAUAUUUAAUAGCAGCAUCGAAUAUGGCAUUUAAAAUUUUGACUCGAAAAUGUUAGGCAGAAUUAUCAAUAAAUUAGAUUCACAGUCAAACUGCCUUUUCUUGCGAAGAACACUUAACUUUUUAGGUUGAAAAACUGGCUAAAACAAUCAUUUCUAAAAGUUACCUUUGAGUCCUGAAAUUUUUUUUUCUCUGAGUAUUAAAAAAAGUUUAAGCUCCUUAAUUAAGUCUAAAAAAAUUCAAAUUACUAGUUUCUAAAAAAAAAGCAAAUUAAGGCAAAAAUAAAUAAUAGUAAAAAAAUAAAGCCCAACAUCAAAUUCUCAUGAUAACGAUCUUAUUCCUACACGGUCCAAUAGUGCACCCCCCUCCCCCCUUUUUUUUUACCAACUCAGUGAUCUUAUUCCUGCACGUUCCAAUAGUACCCCUCCCCCUCUCAAUUCAGUGAUCUUAUUCCUACACGUUCCAAUAACACCCCCAACGCCAAGUCGGGCGUUUCUUAAUUAACUUUGACAAUAAGUUCUUACACAACUUAUUCCCCCCCCCCUUUUUCCCCAAAUAUAAAUAAAUAAAAUCAAAUUUCAUGUUUGCAAAAUAAGUCUUGAGGUAAAGAUGCAUUUUAAUGAUUAAAAAAAAAAUUAAAUUUAAAAAAAAAACUAUUUAAAUUUGAAUGCCAUUUGUAAAGGAGGAGAAACUGACUUAAACUAAACACUGAGCUCUAUCUGCACUGUUUAUCCAAAGUAUCCUAAUUAUUAAUUAAUCUUUACAAAUUAUAUUGAUCAUUUGUCUUUUAAUUCCAAGUAUAGGGCCUGACCACCAACCAAAAUAUUAUUAAGAUUUCCAUUAACUUUAUUGUCAUCAAUAAAUGACCCUAAUGUUUUCACAAAGAGACUACAUUUUAAAACAAUUUGUUUUUAGGUGGUCUCAAUAAUUCUUUUAAAUAUACUAAUGCUCUUAUAACUUUGGGCCGUUUUGGUUGUACCUUAUUGACCUAAUAACAAAGAAGAGCAUACUAUUAAUUUAUUUGUAUAAAACUUGUUUUCAGUGAAUUUAGUAGUAAUGUUUUGGG